CAGGUCUCUUCCCCCGAGCAGUGCACUGCCUGAGCGAGGAACAGCUCACGAAGCAGCCUGAGGUCCCUGUUUUGAAAAAGCAGAUACAGAGGCAGAGGAGGGUGGACUCCUGUGUGACCUGUUCAGAGCAAGACAAUCAGCAGCUGAAUUCCAGAAGCCCUGUUCAUGUGUGGGGAUAUUUUCUCGACUACAUGGAAUCGGAAAGAAGCAGAAGAAUGGGAAAUGCCUGCAUCCCCCUGAGAAGAAUUGCCUGUUUCCUCUGCCUCUUUUCCGUGGUUUUGCUGACUGAGGGGAAGAAACCAGCGAAGCCAAAAUGCCCUGCCGUGUGUACUUGUACCAAAGAUAACGCUCUCUGUGAGAAUGCCAGAUCCAUUCCACGCACCGUUCCUCCUGAUGUUAUCUCACUAUCCUUUGUGAGAUCUGGUUUUACUGAAAUCUCAGAAGGGAGUUUUUUAUUCACACCAUCGCUGCAGCUCUUGUUAUUCACAUCGAACUCCUUUGAUGUGAUCAGUGAUGAUGCUUUUAUUGGUCUUCCACAUCUAGAAUAUUUAUUCAUAGAAAACAACAAUAUCAAGUCCAUUUCAAGACAUACUUUCCGGGGACUCAAGUCUUUAAUUCACCUGAGUCUCGCAAACAACAAUCUCCAGACACUCCCAAAAGAUAUUUUCAAAGGCCUGGAUUCUUUAACAAAUGUGGACCUGAGAGGCAACUCAUUUAAUUGUGACUGUAAAUUGAAGUGGCUGGUGGAAUGGCUUGGCCACACCAAUGCGACUGUGGAAGACAUCUACUGUGAAGGCCCCCCGGAAUAUAAGAAACGCAAAAUCAAUAGCCUCUCCCCCAAGGAUUUUGAUUGUAUCAUUACAGAAUUUGCAAAAUCCCAAGAUCUACCUUAUCAGUCACUGUCCAUAGACACUUUUUCUUAUAUGAAUGAUGAAUAUGUAGUCAUUGCUCAGCCUUUUACUGGAAAAUGCAUUUUCCUGGAAUGGGACCAUGUAGAGAAGACCUUCCGGAAUUAUGACAACAUUACAGGCACGUCCACUGUGGUGUGCAAGCCUAUAGUCAUUGAUACUCAGCUCUAUGUCAUUGUGGCCCAGCUCUUUGGUGGCUCUCACAUCUAUAAGCGAGAUGGUUUUGCAAACAAAUUCAUAAAAAUCCAGGAUAUUGAAGUUCUCAAAAUCCGAAAACCCAAUGACAUCGAAACAUUCAAGAUUGAAAACAACUGGUACUUUGUCGUUGCUGACAGUUCCAAAGCUGGGUUUACUACCAUUUACAAAUGGAAUGGAAACGGAUUCUACUCGCACCAAUCCUUACAUGCCUGGUACAGGGAUACUGAUGUGGAAUACCUAGAAAUAGCCAGAACACCAUUGACCCUCAGAACACCUCAUUUAAUCCUGUCCAGUAGUUCCCAGCGCCCUGUCAUUUACCAGUGGAGCAAAGCAACACAAUUAUUCACUAACCAAACUGACAUUCCCAACAUGGAGGAUGUGUACGCAGUGAAGCACUUCUCUGUAAAAGGUGAUGUGUACAUUUGCUUGACCAGAUUCAUUGGCGACUCCAAAGUCAUGAAGUGGGGUGGCUCCUCCUUCCAGGACAUUCAGAGGAUGCCAUCACGAGGAUCCAUGGUGUUCCAGCCCCUUCAGAUAAAUAAUUACCAAUAUGCAAUUCUCGGAAGCGAUUACUCCUUCACUCAAGUGUAUAACUGGGACGCGGAGAAAGCCAGAUUUGUGAAAUUUCAGGAAUUAAAUGUUCAAGCACCCAGGUCGUUCACACAUGUGUCCAUUAACAAGCGUAAUUUCCUUUUUGCUUCCAGUUUUAAAGGAAACACACAGAUCUACAAACAUGUCAUAGUUGACUUAAGCGCAUGAGACACCAAACUCCAUGACUACCAUCGGAAACUUUCUACAGUAUGUGACCUGGAUGAACUCAAUGCAUGAUGACUCUUCUUAUCACACUUGCAGGUGAAUGCCUUUCAACAUUGAGACUGCUAAAGCCAAGACUACCAGUAUUGCCAUCCUUACCUGUCCAAUCCAGUGGUGUGGGAAGUUACCUUUUAUAAGACCAAGUUUCAUUCUGUAACUGUUCUUUGCAGUGAAGAUGUGUAAAUAAGUGUUUAAUGGUAUCUGUUACUCCAAAAAAGAAAUAUUCAUAUGUACUUUUCCAUUUAUUUAUUCACGUGUUCAGAACAACUGCCAAAUAAAAUGUUUACAUUUUCUUUCAUAUCCCAAAGGUAAUUAUUUACAAGAGCUGUUUGAUUCUUGUUGAUUGUAUGUUGAGGAAAUAGUUUUAUAUAAUAGGAUUAUAUUUGGAUCAAGGAUUUAUGGUAUGAAUAUUGAGUAAAGUUUUAAAAAAUGAAAAUGAUUUCCCAUAAUUUAUAAACAUGUUUAUCUGGGUUCUAUUAGAGGAUUUUGAACACUCGGAAGUCAUGACUUUUAGGGACACUUUGAGAUGAAAGAGUAACACUUUUAAAUGAGAGGGAGAGAGUUUACCUAUUAUGUUAAGACUAAUCGGUAAUGAGGAGGAAGGCCAUCCUGUCCCAUCUGAUAGCCUCGGCUGAAAAUACCACUCAGCCAUUUGAUAGAAGAAAUUUCAGAAUUAGGAUUGAGUAGCCCCUGAUCUAGGACUUUCUAAAUAUCUAACUCUAGAGUCGCCUGACAGCUGGUAGAUUGUAACUUUAUGUACAGCACUUGCCUCCCAUGUGCUGGCUCUGGAGGCCCCUCUCUGUGAUGAAGAACUUUUUGCUUCUAGACACUGGAUUUGCCAUAACUGACCUGCCACACAGUGCCUACAAGGCUCAUGUUUGAUUUUCUAGAUUCCUGCUUCUGGAUCACUUGAGUCAUUAGUAGCUUGUACACUGCCUGUUAUGUACAUAGUAGGCUCUCAAAGAAUGUUUUUCAAAGCCUGGGUAUAUAGUUUCAUGAAGUUCUUGUGUGGCAUGUGUAAAGCCCUGGGUUCAAUUCUCAGCACCAGACAAAAAAGCACUUUUGAGAACACGUGUGGCUCCCUCUCUUAUAAUAAACUGCACAAGCCCCUCUGACCUACCUAGUACUUACUGAGUACUUGUUGAGAAUGUAGUGUGGUUGUGGGAAACUAAUACGGGAGUAGGGUGUGAUGCCUGCCCUCUGUAGUCUUAGAAAAAUAAUUGAAGUGGGCUAAAAGUACAGAAGGAUCUAUAGAUUAAGCAAUGAGUGUGUGAAGCAUCAUCUGAACAGUCUGGAUUUGGAGUAUCAUAGGAAUAGUAAGCAUGACUUUGGGGAUGCUAUGCUCUUUGUUUGACUUAAGGGAAGAUGCAAUUUCAAGAGGAGGUUGUGUGGGGAAGACAUCACUGGCACAAACUGUUGUGUGUGCUGUCUUUACGGAGGGCUUUUGAGUUUGCUUAAGUUCCCCACUGGGUGGAGGUGGGCAGACAGCAGCUUCCCAGGCCCAGUAUAAGUCUGGUAGACUGAGGCAUGAGGAGUCCCCAUAAUAAUGACACAGUCUCCAAAGAGUCAACACCCUGGGUCAUUGUGCAUAAGGGCCAGAUUUUAUUAUUCAUAUAGUAAAGAUAACAGGUCUGGCUUCAGGGUUACAGGGGAGAAGGAGGUUUAACUACUUCGGAUCCUGCACCUAGGAGAACUGGCCUUGGAACACCUCUUCUCUGUUCUGAUAAGCAGCAUUGUGUGCUGCUGGAGAAUGCCUGCUUCGUACAGUCUGGGUAGAACUCCAGCUCUGCCGUGCAUAAGCUUUGCCACAGGCAAGGAACUUGACCCACCUGAGCCCAUUUCUCCAUUGUAAAGAUGGGCAACAAUACCCACUUCCGGGGAGGAGAGAGUUAAAUGAGAAAACACAUGAGCAGCGGAUGGUAGUUCCCAAAUGUAGCCCCGACCACCCCACCCACCAUGCUCUGUGAGACCCUGCCCCGAAUUCAUUAAGAGGUAGGCAUCUAACUCACCUGUUAUUGUCUGAAUGGUUAACGACUUGCUUGUAAUUCAUUGACUGUGGUGAAAAUGAUACAGUUUGGCAUCCAUGCUAGGUCAUCAAAACCAUGAACUCUUUCUUGCCUUGUAAAUUGGGACACUUGCCUGCAGAGCCCCAAACAGUGCAGAAGAAGUCCUACUCACCAGAGGCCAUUGUUCUGUGUUGAAAACCAAACCCAUGGAGCAAUCACCUCCUGGUGCUUUGGUCAACAGGCCCAGCUGGUGUCACAGCCGACAGCCAUCAUCAACCACCAGUCCUGCGAAGCCUACAACUCCAGAUCCUGCGGUCAAGGAACAACAUGACAUCAGACCUUCUCAUCAGAAGGGCAGCCAUUAGAGAGCAGCAAGCCAUCCACAAUAUCCCUGUCCAAAUUCGUGCCCCAGACUCUAUGAGCAUAAUAAAGUGGUUGUUUUAAACGGA